CCGGCUCUGAGAGGAAGAGAAAGGCAGGGACGGGACAGGAGUCGGAUUACAAGAUGGCGGCCGCGCCGCGGUGGUAGUUGCUGCUGCUGUUGCUGUUUGUCGGUACCGCUGAGGUGGAGGAAAGGCGGCGGCGGUGGCGGCGGUGGCGGCGGGUGGCCCGGGCGCCAUGAAAAGCGGCGAGUUAAAGGCCUCCUGAGCGACGCCCCUUGGCCGUUCCCCUCGCCCUUCCGAUCCGGCCGGGCCCCCACCAUGUCGGACACCCGGCGGCGGGUGAAGGUCUACACGCUCAACGAGGAGCGGCAAUGGGACGACAGGGGCACCGGGCACGUCUCGUCCACCUACGUGGAGCGGCUCAAGGGGAUGUCGCUGCUCGUGCGGGCCGAGUCGGACGGUUCACUGUUGUUGGAAUCGAAGAUAAAUCCAAACACUGCAUAUCAAAAACAGCAGGAUACUUUGAUUGUUUGGUCAGAGGCAGAGAAUUAUGAUUUAGCCCUGAGUUUUCAAGAAAAAGCUGGCUGUGAUGAGAUCUGGGAAAAAAUUUGUCAGGUUCAAGGUAAAGACCCAUCUGUGGAAGUCACGCAGGACCUCAUUGACGAAUCUGAAGAAGAGCGUUUUGAGGAAAUGCCUGAAACAAGUCAUUUGAUUGAUCUCCCUACUUGUGAACUCAACAAACUCGAAGAGAUCGCAGACCUAGUUACCUCAGUUCUCUCAUCACCCAUCCGUAGAGAAAAAUUAGCCUUGGCUUUGGAAAAUGAAGGCUAUAUUAAAAAAUUAUUGCAGCUUUUCCAGCUCUGUGAGAACCUAGAAAAUACUGAAGGCUUACAUCAUUUGUAUGAAAUUAUUCGAGGAAUUUUGUUCCUCAAUAAAGCAACUCUUUUUGAGGUGAUGUUUUCAGACGAGUGCAUUAUGGAUGUUGUGGGAUGCCUUGAGUAUGACCCUGCAUUAGCUCAGCCAAAACGGCACAGGGAAUUCUUGACCAAAACAGCAAAAUUUAAAGAGGUCAUACCCAUAACAGACUCUGAACUUAGGCAAAAGAUUCAUCAGACUUACAGGGUACAGUACAUUCAGGACAUCAUCUUGCCAACGCCAUCUGUUUUUGAAGAGAAUUUUCUUUCUACCCUCACUUCUUUCAUUUUCUUUAACAAAGUUGAGAUUGUCAGUAUGCUGCAGGAAGACGAAAAGUUUUUGUCUGAAGUUUUUGCACAACUAACUGACGAAGCUACUGACGAUGACAAAAGGCGUGAACUGGUUAACUUCUUCAAGGAGUUCUGUGCUUUUUCUCAGACAUUACAACCUCAGAACAGAGACACGUUUUUCAAAACAUUGGCAAAGUUAGGAAUUCUUCCUGCUCUUGAAAUAGUAAUGGGCAUGGAUGAUUUGCAAGUUAGGUCUGCUGCUACAGAUAUAUUUUCUUAUCUGGUAGAAUUCAGUCCAUCCAUGGUUCGGGAAUUUGUGAUGCAAGAAGCCCAGCAGAGUGAUGAUGAUAUCCUCCUCAUAAACGUAGUCAUUGAGCAAAUGAUCUGUGACACUGACCCCGAGCUUGGGGGUGCUGUUCAGUUAAUGGGGCUCUUACGUACUCUAAUUGAUCCUGAGAACAUGUUGGCCACAGCUAAUGUAAGAAAAUGGAAAGGGAAAACGGAGAAAAGUGAAUUUCUCAAUUUUUUCUACAACCAUUGUAUGCAUGUCCUCACUGCUCCACUUCUGGCAAAUACAUCAGAGGACAAAAGUGACAAAGAUGCCGUGGUGGGAAGCAACAAGAGUAACACAAUUUGCCCAGACAACUAUCAAACAGCACAGCUGCUUGCCUUAAUUUUGGAGCUGCUCACUUUUUGUGUGGAACACCACACAUACCACAUCAAGAACUAUAUUAUGAACAAGGAUUUGCUGAGAAGAGUUUUAGUCUUGAUGAAUUCAAAACACACGUUUUUGGCACUGUGUGCUCUUCGUUUCAUGCGGAGGAUAAUUGGGCUAAAAGAUGAAUUUUAUAACCGUUAUAUCACCAAAGGAAACUUAUUUGAGCCCGUCAUAAAUGCUCUUUUGGAUAAUGGAACUAGGUACAAUCUCCUGAAUUCAGCAGUCGUUGAACUUUUUGAAUUCAUCAGAGUGGAAGAUAUCAAGUCACUUACUACACAUAUAGUUGAGAACUUUUAUAAGGCACUUGAAUCCAUUGAAUAUGUUCAGACAUUCAAAGGACUGAAGACAAAAUAUGAGCAAGAGAAAGACAGACAAAGCCAGAAAAUGAAUAGUGUCCCGUCUAUACUGCGUAGCAACAGGUUCCGCAGAGAUGCCAGGACCUUAGAGGAUGACGAGGAAAUGUGGUUCAAUGAAGAUGAAGAGGAGGAGGGUGAAGCCAUUGUACCCCCAGUAGAGAAAUCCAAGGCAGAGGAUGAUUUUCCAGAAAGUUAUGAGAAAUUCAUGGAAACAAAAAAAGCAAAAGAGAGCGAAGACAAAGAGAAUCUCCCCAAAAGGACUUCAGCGGGUGGCUUCAAAUUCACUUUUUCCCACUCUGCAAGUGCCACUAACGGAGCAAAUAGUACAAACAGCAAAUCUGUAGCGGCUCAAACUUCGCCAGCAAGUUCAAACGGUUCCUCUUCUAAGAAUGCCAAUUUGACUGCAGCAGUCACAGCCACGAAGGGAAGCUUGGUUGGCCUUGUGGAUUAUCCAGAUGAUGAGGAGGAAGAUGAAGAGGAGGAAACAUCUCCAAGAAAAAGACCUCGUCUCGGCUCUUAAAACCAUUGAAACAAACUCUGAUUGAGGGUGCUUAAAUGCUGUGACUGAACUAAGUCUGACUCGGAAAGCUUUCUCCCUGGAAAAUACAUGAGAAUACAAGGAGUAGCAAAAGAACUCGACUAGAAGGGUUUAGUUCUGAGAACACCAGGCUUCCAAAGAACCUAUUCUCUUUCUAGUCAGUGAGUCUGCCAUUCAGGCUGUUAAAUAUUAAAGUGAAAUGGUGGGUUAGCAAUCAGCACCUGGAUGACCGCUUGCCAGCAAAAAGAUCAUCUCGGGUUCUGUGAGGGGAUGGGAAAAGUAACUUUUUGAUAUUGCAGGGUUUCCCCAGUUUGUAUCCAAGCUAGAAGAAAAUUGUAAGGCUUCAGUUGCAAACCUAGUAACAUAACUUUGUAAUGGUGCUGUCCAUUGUGGUUUUUUUUUUUUAGCAAUUGCCUCUUUUAAAUAAUUCUUUCCAUUAAAAAAUGAAUUCAGAAGUUGGGGACCACUAUUUGCACAGUCAGCCAAAAGAUAGAGGAUAGCACCCUGCUAUGUAGUGCAUGUUGAGUGGCAAAUUGAUUCUCCCCCCCACCCCAAACAUAUUUUGAAGGAAAAAGAAGCUGGGUUCAAAAUGAAAGAUGACUAGAAGAAGCUAUCCAGGAAAACCAAUACUAAGGAUCAUCAGCUUUGGGGGGGGGAUCUAUAAACCAUCAAUAAACCCUAGUACUUGAAAUGACAUUUGAGUUGCAAUUACUAAUAACAUUUAAUGGAAAAGAAGUUGAAUGGCGUCAGUCCGCUAGCAUCAAAAAUGUUUUCCUUGAGCCAUCUGCAUUUCACAUUUGCAAGAGUAAGAGAGACAACAUCGUGAAAUGCUGCCAGAAAAUUUUGAACCCUACUGAAUUGGGGGCAUAAAUCAUUUUUGACCAAUACUGAUUUGAAGGUAGAGUCAACAUGCAGCACCUUGAACUUGAGGGUUUUAGUACAAAGGCUGCUUCUUAACACAUUCCAUGUAUUUAAACAAAUUUCAAAAAGUACACUAGGUAAAUUGAUGGAGGCAACUAUUUGAGACUUUUUAUUUUCAGAGCAAACUGUAAAUAUUUUAAUGUUAGUUUGGCCAUAUAUGAUCUGAGAUCAUGAAGAAGAAAUUCCCCAGACUACAAAUUAAGAGUGAUAUGAACUAUGAAACCAGCAGCAAUCCACCAUUAUAGAUCACUCUUGCAAUGUGUUAUGGGUCCAUUUCUCCUGGAACAGUUACUGACAGAGUUUCCCUGUUUUGGAGAUUUUGUAGUUAACUUUAAUUUUAGCUAUUGUUUGCAAAAGAUGGGCUGUCUGUGUAGAUAUGAAGUAUAGUUUUUCCAUGAAACAGAAGUUUAUUUUGUAUUGAGAAAAAAAAAACCACUGUACUUGUUUUACACCAUUUGUAUACAUGUGGUGAUAUUAAUGCUGAACUGUAAAAUUCAGGAAUUAAAAUGUGACCCUGUAAUUCCAUAAUUAUUGGUUUUGUUUGGUUUGUUGUAAAUGGUAAGUUAAUUCAGAUUUUGAAAUGUGGCCAUUUUAGAAGAUUUUAAUGAGAUAGUUAUUUGUACAAUUUAAUCAUUAUAUGCCACUGAACCAAAUCUGGCACAAAAAGCAAGGAAUGCUCCUAGAUUUAAUUCAGUGUGUUGCAAUGACUGACAUAUCUCUGCCCUCUGGGGGCUCCAGGCAACCAAGAAUGGGGCUUCCUUCUCCCUUCUUCAAUGGAGUCCUUCUUACUGGUGGGGAAACAAUUUGGCUGGUUCAACAGUUGCUGUGUAGACUUGCUCUUCUGUUCCUUUUCUCUUUCUUUCUUUUUGGUUCUCUUGGCGAGUCUUCCCUCCACUCCCACAGAAGUAACAAUUUUUUCCUAAUGCUCUGUGGUUAACCCCUGGGGAAACUCCGUGUGUACCAUUUCCCUUCAAAGUGAAAUUCAUGUAACCUGUUUCUAAGCUUUUGAAUAAGUCAUUGAAAAAGACCCAAAAUACGUUUGGGUUCAUUAUCUUCCAUCCUUUUUCAAAGACUGUUAGGGGCUUUAAGACACAUGCAGACUUGCUCAGGAGUUGCUUCUAUAGCAGAAAACAGUGUUGCUUUUUAUAGUUUAAACAAUAAGAGGGUGAACAUGUCAGCCAAUAUUUAAACACUUGCAAUGCUGUGAAAGAUGCAUUGAGCUUCUCCCUUUCAAGUUACACAAUCUGCCUCAGGUGUACUCUUCCCAACUUCCACCUCCUUUCCAGUUUGGAUGCUGGUUGCUUUUUGCCACAGGACAGCCCACAUUUCAAAUGCCUGGGGCCCUUCAACUGAUUUUUUAAAGAAAAAGAUUUCAUCUGCCAACAUGUCUCAGUUAAAUACUAUUUUAAUAAAAAGUUACAUGAAAUGUG